GCGGCCGUGCAGAGUAGGAAAAGGUGGAAGGAAGAUGGCGGCGCUGGCUUCGGAGCUGCUGCUUUUGAGCGACUCGAGCCGCUUCCGUGCGGAUAACCUGCUCAGCAGCGAGGACUGGGACACGGGUCUCUACAGUUGCCUGGAUGAUGACAGAGAUGUGGCAGCAGAACUCUUCCCCUGUCUGGAACGCAGCGUUUUGGAUGCUGAAGGAGACCAUUGCAUGUUCAGUGAUGGAUUUGACAUGGAAACGACACCCCCAGACCCUCCUUGGGACCCAUUACAUGACACCCUCUUUCCAGAGCUGCAGGUAAAGUCCGAGCCGGUCUCCCCGGCCUCAUCUCACUGCUCUGAUUUGUCUGCUGCAUCCUCCCCUUCUUCUUCCUUCUCCUCUGCUGACUUCCCAGGGCAGGCCCCCAGCCCAGGUGAUGUGAUUGGGGUGAAGACGGAGCACCCCCCAACCCCUCCAUGCAUGUUUGGAGAUGUCCUCUCGCCCCCCUUUGGCACUGUGCACAUCAGUGUCGUCCCAGCACCUGACACAGGGAAAGCCACGGCCCCCAACAAAGCUGAGAGCAUUCUCAGCCGGAAGCCCCCCAUUCAGCCCAAGCCGGUUGUGGUCACCACUGUGCCGGUGCAGCCGGCGGCCGCUCCCAGUAAGACUAUCUUACUGCAGCCUGUCCCAGCCACCCAGUCGCAGACGAUCAACCCUGGAAUAACAGUCCCGGCUCAGGGUGUGGUGAUCUCCCAGUCCGAACUGCUGCACCUCCCCGUGUCUGGCCUGAUCAAGGUUCAGUCCCCUGUGAAGGAAGGCCUCCCAGCCAAGCCCGCUCCCUCUGCCCCCAAGCCGGAAGCCAAAACCAUCGUCCCGGCACCCACACAGAUCGGAUCCUGCAGCCCGGAGAUUGACCUGAAAGUGUUGAAGCGGCAGCAGCGCAUGAUUAAGAACCGUGAGUCGGCUUGCCAGUCCCGGAGGAAAAAGAAGGAGUACCUGCAGGGGCUGGAGGCCCGGCUGCGGGAGGCCCUUGCGGACAACGAGAGGCUCCGGCGGGAGAACGCACUCCUCCGACGGCGGCUGGACUGUGUCCUCAACGAGAACGGAGAUAUGAAGUUUGUCUCCGGGAAUCGGAAAGUCAUCUGCGUCAUGGUGGUGCUGCUUUUCAUAGCCUUCAGUUUUGGGCCUGUCAGCAUCAGCGAGCGAAAAGUAGCAGACGUGGACCCACCCAGACAGGAAGCGGAGGCCGGUCCCAGCCGCAGACACCUUUUAGGCAUCAUAGAGGAGUCUCUGGAAGUCCCAGAGGAGGAGCUGACUGAGCACCAAGAGGAGGCCCCAGCCAGUCCUGGAAAGACUCCGUUCAGAAACCUGUCUGCUCCCUUCUCUGACAUGAAGGACCUGAUGCUGAGGGACUUGAACAAGCUGUUCCUGGCUUCUGACUGCCGCCAGUUCAAUCGCACGGAAUCGCUCAGGCUGGCAGACGAACUCAGUGGGUGGGUCCGAAGACACCAGAUCAACGGGAGGAAGCCAUCGCAGUCACGGAAAGCUGCGCAGGCCAGCCAGGAGAAAACCAAGGAAAGGAAGCCCCUGAGCCCUUCCCGCUACGUCCCUGCCAGCCCCCCGAGGCACCCAGAGAGGGAUUCCCUGAGCCAGCUGCAGGUGUAUCAGCAUCCUGACCACAAGGACCAUGACUUCAUGGAUGCCAUCGAUCGGCGAGAGGACACCUUCUACGUGGUGUCAUUCCGCAGGGAUCAUUUACUGCUGCCUGCCAUCAGCCACAACAAAACCUCUCGCCCAAAGAUGUCCCUGGUGAUGCCCGCCAUGGCCCUCAACGAGAGCCUGUACAACUCCUCGCUGGGCUAUGAGGUGAUGAUGCAGAUUGACUGCGAGGUGAUGGACACUCGCGUCAUCCACAUCAAGAGCUCAACGGUGCCCCCCUUCCUGAGGCGCCAGGAGGCCACCCCCGACAACCACACUCAGCCUUCCCCACCGGCCUUUACCGGACGGACGACCCGGGCGGCUCUGCGCUCCCAACGCACCACCUUGUCCUCCUCGGCCAGACGGCACCCGCAUCGCACCCUCUACCUGGGGGAACACGCUGGGGAGUAG